AUGGCGAACGGAACAGGAUCAGAAUCCAGCUACUUCCCAGCCCUCGACAAGUGCCUCGCCGGCGAGGUCCCUCUCAUAUCAUGGCGCACAGCAUAUCGCGCCGUAUGCGACGAAGAAAGCGCAGUAGACAGCAGCCAACUCGAGAACUUCUUCAACGACAACGAGACUAUCAAUUUUCUAAGCACUGCACUCGAUCCCUUUCCAGAGCCGAAUGCUAGGACAGCAAGCGAGCUAGAUACCAAGACUGCGCCGAUCAACGUCUCUCAGACUCAGAAUGGCGACUAUAAUCUGGAGCAAAUCAAGGCGGAUGCAAAGUGGCUGUCGAAAGAGAUGAAGAUUGAGGAGCUGGCUGCUUUGCGUGUCGCUAUCAUUGAGUGGCAGGAACGACCAGCCGAUCAGUUGCUGAAUACUGCAUUCAAUGGGACGAGUGGACUUUCUGGGUCGCUGGAGCUGGCCAACUCAGCUUUGGGCAGAAGUGUGGUUGAUUCUGCUAUGCCUCUGGCAGCCGCAGCACACCCGCCUCUCAAAUUUGACGACGAGAAAGUGCGGAGAGAGAGACUGCUGAAUGUCCACUUGAGCGAGCUGAACCAUCUGCGCAAGAUUAGCGCUGAUCUCGUGAGUCGAUCUGCGCUUUCGAAGACGAGUUUGCAGGGAGAGAAUGUCGGAGCAUUCAGGCAGCCCGAAAGGCCUUCUUGGAUUGACAAUGCUGCAGCAAAGGUCGCUGAGAGCAUGUGCCCGGGCAAGAACAGGACAGUCAGCGAGGCUUUUAUUGGACGAUGUAUUGCGAGACUAGACAAGAUUUUGGAUCAGACGGAGAUCCAUACAUCCUGGCCGAAGAUCUUUGCGGAUGAUGAGAAGGCUCCAAGCUAUAUUGAUUCGCUAUACGGGGAGCUAGUAUGUGCGCUCAGACUGCUGCUGGCUGCAUUGUACUCCUUCGAUGGCAUUCCGAGCGGCAUGAGUGUGCGAGCAUGGUUCAGCUUAAUGCAGAAGCAUGAAUAUCUACGAGCAGGCAAGCCGAUGCUUGUCAAUGUGGACGUCUCGAUCUUGCAGCUCCUCAUCUCGAUCAUCUCGGUGGAUAUCUUGAAGGUUCAGCUAGCAGUUGGCGAGAUCAUGAAUGCUGCCGGCGUGGAAUCUGCGACACUGAGAGGCAGUCACUACGUCAACGAUGAGCGUUGUCUUUCGGAAAUCAACAUCGAUCUGCACAAGGCGGCAGUCAACCAAGUCAGCAUCGCGGCGCCUGCAGUGCUUGCUUGGAGUAUCAUCACUUCAGUAAUCCGCGACAUUGCACAAAUACACCAGGAUCUACGAGAGUCGCGAGAGGAUGGCGAAAAUUUUGCCCUGGCACGUCGUUCCUCAAUAAGACGAGCCUCUAGAGAUGGUUCCUCGGAGUUUGAGAAGCUCUAUCUCCUCUUGUCCAGCCAGACCGAGCUGGAGGACUAUCGAGAAGAUCCGCCACGACAUUUUCUUGGAGACGCGGUGGAUGGUAUGCGUGUUUUCAGCCUGAUACGAGUACUAAGUGACACAGUCGGAGCUGUGUACAGCUCGGUGAGCGAGUCUGAUACGGCCUUCAUUUGCAAGGAAACUUUACUUGAUUUAACAAGAGACGGAAUUCCUUUCGUACAAUACGAUGCCGAGAUCAUGGAGGCAAUAUUGUCGUUUGUCACACCCUCUUCCCAGUCGCCACCUUCGAAACAGCAGGCGGCAGUGCUGGCUGAGAAGCUUUUGCUUGACGAAGACCAGCUUCGGCCCAACAUUCUCGAGGAAGCGCUGAGACGAUAUCCUUAUGAGCUCAGCCCAAUGCUCAGAUUGUGCACAGCUCUUGCUGGUGCUGAAAGCAGACAUCACCCAAGCCAAGGUGUUCCCAUCGUCGCAGAGCAAUUGCAGCGCCUGCAUUUCUUCACACAGGAGACUCCCACCCGUUUCCACGACUAUGAGCUCGAAAACGAAGAUGAUGGCAUGAAUUCUAUGAAACUCACCGAAGCACUACCAGUGUUAAUAUCACACUCUUCGGCGGCAUCUCAUGGACAACAACGACAAUUGACGGCCGGCGGUAGUGCUGAUAUGCCUGUUGAAUGGAGCAUCCCGGCUGAUACACCUGGUACUAUCACUCGCGAGGAGCGGCCUCUUGUGCUCACCUUUAGGUACGAGCACUCUGCCUUGGAAUACUUGAGUGUCCUGCUAUCCACGUUCGUUGCGAGCAGUGAACUCUCGCCUCUGACUCAGAACGCCAUACUGGAUUGUUUUACCGCUGCCGACAUAAUCUCACUCUUUACGGCACUGCUUUCGGCCACGCUGGAACCAAAACCGGAUGCAGAAGAUGCCAGGAGGUUGCUCGAGAGCAUGGGAGCGGCCCUUCGACAGAGUCAGGAUAUCGUCUCAAUCAUCGCCGAUAUUUUUGAAUCAGAGCUUCUGUCCCAUCUCGACCAGGUAGCACAAGAAGGUUCACUGGAACUGGUGACAGCUUGCGCAGAGUUCUGGAUUGUGCUUGCGAAGUUUUCCCCAGAAAGAGUAUGGGCAGUGCUUGCUAAGAGCAGUCUGCUGGGCAUUAUCGACGGUGCGACAUCUCUCGCAUCUAUUGUCGGUGGGUCCGAGGUUGCGCUUGGCCAAUACCACUUCCUGAAGGCAUGUGUCGAGCUCCAUGCCCUGCUCCUGGACGACGCCAUUUCUGGGCUCUUGAAGCGAAAAUUGAAGCCUCAAACCAAUUCCCGCAUGCAAGAUGAAGAGGCUACUGAGACCACUCCAGAGCGAACAAUGAGUGCGGUGCUCAAUGCAUAUCAGAGAAUACUGCUGGAUGCGUUCCAAAACUUCCCAGACUGGAAAUUCGUGAAUGCUGAGGAGCGGUGCACUAUCACAGUUUGCAUUCUCAAGUCGUUUACGAAACUUUUAAAGAGCACAUACGGCAUCGAUGUGGCCAAAGAGCCAUCGAAGCGACUCACAUAUGUUCUUGCUCCCGCAGCAAGCUCUCUGCUUAGCACUUGCUGUCCAAGCGCUGAUAGCAGUCCGCUGAUCAACACUUUUAGCAAGACGCUUUUUGAGGCAUUGCCUGUUGCGGGAGAUGGUCUACCUGUGCUCGGACGGAGGCUUCUGAUCGAGCAAACCUGCUCGCUAUUCGAUUUCUUGACCGUGCUGCUACGCACUGCUCAGAGUGGUAACCAACGAGCCUCAAUGCUGGCAAACGGCGUACUUAAGAGUAUGCCCACUCUGGCAUCUCUUUUCGCAAGCGAUCAUGCCUUCAAGAGCGGACUUUUUGAGCUCCUGUCCAAUCUCGUCAAGUCAGUCAGUGCAGCUAGCCAUGACCCUCCGUCAAUCCUCGCACAGCUGGACCCAACCGCGGCUAAAGCUUUCCUCCAGGUAGUGACCCAACUUGACCGGCCACUCUGUAAUCUGCAGGUCGAGCGCAAAGUCUGGGACUUCUUGUCGGUGGUCAUGGAUAGCAAGCAGCAGUGGUUUGCAAUCUACCUUCUCACCGGCAACUUGCCCAAAAGCCGCUCUCAUCGCCGCAACUCGGAUCCAAUCAAGGGCAAACCUAUUCUCAGGUAUGUGCUGGAUCAGGUUGCUUCGAUAUCGACUCUGUCACCAGAGCGUGCUGUAGGCAUGCUUCAAUUCCUGGCUGUUGCACAACGGAUGUGGGUUUGGGCUACAAAUGAGUUGCGAUCGCACCCGGACUUCUUGAAGAAUACUCUGGCGUGGCUCGAGAAUCUGCAAGAACCACCAAAGAAGCCCAGUGCUGCCAUCAUGGUCAUCAGUGCCCGAGAAUGUGAGAUGGCCUCUUACUUGUGCGAGAUUCUGGCGAUCAACCUGCACACCAGCCUCGAGAUCGGUGACAAGACUGUUCUGAAGGCUCUCGUGCCCAAGCUAGGCUACCUCAGGAAGCAUGGAGCUGGCGUGACUGCCUUCAAUAUAGAUCUGCAUCAUGGUCUAGCCAGCAGUCUGAACAAGGUCUUCAGAGAAGCCGAGCUGGAAGAUUUCAAGCGCACUUCAGUCAAUCCUGCGCCGCUCGGGGAAGACUACUUCUACGACAAGGAUAUUGCUGCGUCAGUCUUCCAGCACUACAAGUCAUGGCAUGGAAUUGGCGGCAAGACCGAUCAAGGAUAUGCGAGCGAGUUCUCCCGCGCGAAUGCAAAUAUCAGCUUCCUUCACGCGCAGACUGCGUUGCUAAAGAGCUGGAAAACGCUAGCUACUACACUAUGCGAAUGUAGUGACGACAAUACGACGCUUCAGGUUGAGCUUGCGAAGACUGCAGAGAACUGUCUUCUCUUCAACGCGCAAUAUGACACGAGGCAGCCAGGCGUCGCGGAUGUACUGCAGAUGCGAUUAGAUCUCGCAUUCGUGCUCGUCUCGAAAUUGGUCUCGCUCAAGCUUCAGGACGAUACCAUGAAGGCCCUUUUGCCAGCUGCGUGGGAUCUAGUCUCGCGCUCGCCGGUAGACUAUGAUGUCGCUUCUGCGCCAGAAGACGUGCGAUAUUAUAGGCAACUCCUGCAGACGUUGUACCUCACCGUGCAGCCACACAACUACAUCAAGUCGAAGAACGAGAUGCAAUAUCUGCCUCCUGCCACAGCAUCAUGUCUCGUAAGCAUCGUCAACAAGACAAUCGCUCCAGGCUUCAGAGCUCUCUGCGGCAAUCUUCACAACGACAUCACCCUCGCCCUUCCCGCCGACUUCGCCCUUCUCACAGCUCUCCUGCGUGCAAUAGUUGCAGUUCCUGGAAUCAGCUCAGUCCAAACGAUGCUCUCAGAUAUCAUCGCCGACUCCUCCCUCAUUCGCGGCGCCUUGAGCCUCUACAGCUGGGCGGAUCAGCUAUCCGAAGCCACGACAUCCUCCUCCGAUCCCAUAUACGGCGAGAUUGCAGUCAUGUUCCUCCUCGCUCUUUCCACGGUUCGCCCAAUCGCUGAGCAAAUGGCUCUUCAAGGCGUUCUCACCCACCUAGCUUCCGGAAAUUUAUCGAAUUACUUCCGCAAGCCUGGCGGGAAAGGACCUUUUGAUGAGCCUCAGCGCAUGUUCGUGAUCUGGACCGAAGGCUUCUUGCCUCUUUGUCUCAACCUCCUCGAUGCCGUCGGACCACCAAUUGCCGCCGAAGUCUCCGUCUUCCUCAACUCCUUCCCAGAACAAUUGCGGAGAGCAGAAGUGUCUCUCCAAAACGAAACUCCUUCGACUCGAAACCCAAGAGCUGGUGCCGUCACUCUCGGCCUCAUCGCCGAAGCUCACAGCCUAGCCAUGAUAUCUUUGAUCUUGAAGUCGGAUGUCGCGCGAGGUGCAGCCGAGGGCAUCGAUGCUAAUGCCGUGCCCGAGUUAGACUAUGCUGUGGAGGUUGUAAUGGGGCUCGUGGAAGCUUUGAGUCGGAGCAAGAGGAGUCUGAAUGAUCGCAUUACGGCUGUGAGUCCUUUGGAGGAGAGGUGGAUGAAGACGGAUGUGACUGGCGCCAGUGACAAUUUGCUUGUGCAAAAGGUGCUUGGAGAGGUUGGGAGCUUUUUGGAAUGUUUCGCGGGAGAGGGAGAUGCAUGA